CUUCCUCCUGGGAGGACAGAAGGCGAAAGAUCCGCACCGGAGCCCGUCGGACAACGGAGACAAAAUAACCCCGCAGGAACAAUAAAAUGUCGGUUCGGUUGCGGAUCUAAAGGCGCUGGUUGAGCAGUCGACGGUUGUUUGAGGAGUAUUUCACAUGAACUCUGCAGCUCCGCUGUUGCUGUUGUUGUUAUCAGACAGUCCUCAGCCGUUACACCCUGUCAGGCUUCCCACCUGUGAGACGGCUGAUGUCAAUUGAUGUCAGGAGCCUGGGAUUUUAAUCUCUCUCUCACACACACACACACACACACACACACACACACACACACACACACACACACACAGGCUCAGAUGACAGCUGUUCAGACUCAGAAAUAUUAAAACGUCAGACCUCUAAAAGUCACGGCUGUCAAGGUUUUUGGCAGGUUUACUUUUCACGGUUUUAAUGUUUAUUGCACCUUUCGAAUUAGUGGCAGAGCAACACACACACACACACACACACACACACACACAGGCUGUCCACAUUACUGAGGCUCUUUAUUCUCAAAUCCACCAUCUUAUAGCCUCUCACUCCAUGGGGGAUUUAGUCUGUUUGAGUUUGAGCUCAUAGCAGUGUGCAGAAGCUCAUUUCCACACUUCACCAGCUUAUACAGUACUCUGUCCUCAUUAUGUAUUCAUAUAUUCACAGCAGGACACAACAAGUCAUCAGCUUUCCAUACUAAUGCAAACAUCUGUUGCUUAAAGCUGCUGUACCUGCCUGUAACCUUCACACUCAGUUUUUUCCGGCCCGUGUUCAGAAUAGUCUUCCUGGCGAUAUAGCUUUAUGUUAGCAGUCGGCACUCUUUGGUCAAAGCCAAAUGCCUUCAAUUUAACGUAGCAAAGAGUUGUAUCUCACAAUGGAUCGCAGCUUCCUGUAACUCAGGCCCAGAUAAGGUGUGGCCUCUGGGUGGGGCAGGUGAGGGCUUAGCGGUGGCAGACAAUCAAACCCUUCAGCCAUGCUGUCCGGGGUGCAGCCGUGCUUCCAGCUGCUUCGCAUCGGUUCGUCUCCUGGCGACUCGGCGAGGGACCUGUACACGUUCAGGCCGGCGCUGAGCCACUCUGUGUUCCGCCUGGGCCGGGCUGCGGAGCUCUGUGACGUCACGCUGGACUCCACGUCAGUGUCCCGGAUCCACGCAGAGCUGCACGCCGAGAAGGAGGCGGGCGGAGGCGACACAGCGUCACAGGAGGAGGGCUGGAGGGUGCACAUCAAGGACAGGAGCAGUCAUGGCACGUGGGUCAAUGAGGUCCGCCUCCAGCCUGGCGUCCAGUGGGAGCUCUCAGAUGGCGACACGCUGAUCUUCGGUGGUCAGUCUGCUCCAGGGAGCCCAGAGUUCUACUUCCUCUUCCAGAAGGUCAAAGUUCGCCCGCUAGACUUCGAUGCCAUCACAAUUCCAAAGGCGGGCACCUUCUCCUCCGACUUGCAGAACCGGAUCAGGACCAAUCUGGACCGCAAGGUGGCCGCCAACCUGGACCUGUCCAAGCUGUCCAUCAACCGGGCCACCGUCAUCCUCAACUCCAUCGGCAGCCUGAGCAAGAUGAAGGGCAGCGCCUGGACCUUCAAGAGGAGCCUCAGCCACGAGGGAACCGCCUCGGACCCCGGCUCCUAUUCCUCGCCUCCUCUGGCCGUGGGCUUCUCCUCUCUGCUCCCUCCCUCCACACCUCCACCGUUCUCUUCUGCAGCGUCAGUGCCUUCGACGAAGUCCCUGCAGUCGACCUCCAGGAGCAGGAGGAAGUCGGCUCACACAGUGCUCCUCGAGGACGACAGCUCAGACGAGCCCAGAAGUCGAGGAGUUCCAGCAGGAGUUGUGGAGGAUGGACAGAGAGCGAGGGGGAAGAAGAGACGACGACUCUACAAGUCGGAGUCGGAGGGUUUUAGCUCCCCUCCUCCUCUGCCGCUGCAACCCAAGAGCCACAACGACGUCCGGCGACCUCUGGAGGCCAAACCCUUCCCCGUCGGCAUCAGGACCAUCGGCAGCUUCCACGGUGCCAUGACGAACAGCAGACUCAACCACCACCUCAUCCAGGCAGCGUUCGCCAACCCUGCUGUUAAAAAGCAAGAAGUGCAGACCAUGCACCGGGUUCAGACGGUGAUGCACGGCAACAUCGCGACUUUCCGCCAACAGAAACCUGCACACAUUUCUCCGAUUGCGCAGAGAGGCAGGCGGAGGGCUCACAUCUCGCCGGUUUUCUCCCCUCUGGUGGUCGGAGGGGAGAACUAUAACCUGGCCUCACCUUCAGUGAGGAUCCGCACAGAGGACCGAGGCAGGGUGCAGUUCAACAGAUUUCACCAUCCAGCAAAUAAGCGCAGAGGCCGCCCCAGAAAACACCCACUCCCUCCGCGGCCUUCCCUGCCCUCUCCAUCCUCCUCGUCUUCCUCUUCCACCUCCUCGGCCUCCUCCUCCUCCGGCUCCUCUUCUUCCUCUUCUGAUGAUGAGGACGAUGAAGAGGAGGAAGAGGAGGAGGCGGCUGUCGGGGCGGUGGAGCCGUGCGCGGCACCGCGGUGUCGACUGCCCCAGCAGGACACGGUGCAGUGGAUCCAGUGCGACAUGUGCGACGCCUGGUACCACAUAGACUGUCUGCACGUGGACCGCAAGAAGCUCCUGAAGGACCCCAACGCUGACUUCCACUGCGGGUGUCGCUGAUAUGAGAGAAACCAAGUUUGUGACGCUGAAUGAAAUGAAAUGCUCCAGUUUAGACUUUCAAGUUGCCCCAUUUUCCCUCCUUUAAAUGUUUAUUUCCUUCUGCCACAUUUAAAAUCAACAGACCUUUCAUUGAAGACAGGCUUUUUCUUCUCCUAAUGGCCACUGAGCUGCUCUACUCAAGCAUGCACUGCUUUUCUCUUACCUCAACAGCAGCUGGCAAGGGCGAGGAAAGAGUUUCCUUCGAUUUUGACAUCUUGAUCUUCCCAGGUUUGAGGAUUUGUGAUCCAGCAGUCACACAGCUGCUUUGCAGAACUCUUGCCCGCUCAGUUUCAGGGCUCAGGCUUUGGAGAACCAAAACCGUAAUGAAAUGUCUUGGGUCAGAUUUCAUUAUGGCACUGACUGCCCGGAGAGGUGCGAACAGGACGGGAAAACAUGAUGAAAUGUUUCUGAGUACACUCCCACCGUGGCUGACCAGGAGGCAGCAUUCAGGAAGAUUAAUGAAAUGUUUCAAAUCAAGUCUAUACAGGGCGAUAACACUCUCUCAGAUGUCUCAGUGCAGCCACCUUCUGUAGUUUAGCGAUCAGGCCAAUUUUUCAGGGCAGAACAGGACCUUCAAGUGAACAUUAACUGGCCAAAAAAGCUCUACCAGCCCUCCCAAAAAUAAAUCAGCACUGGGCUGGUGUUUUCCCACCUCAGCGAUAAUAAAACUGGAUGAAAUGUUUCAGUGCAGCUUUCCUGGGUGGCAGCAGCUGUCUAGGAGUGGGCGUGUGAUGUUUCAAGACAAUUAAACGGCAGAAAAAUGUGUCAGCAGACUUCCAUUGUUGCUGCUGAUGAGAGGUGCUCUCGGGAUGAUAAUCAAAUGUUCCACGGCACUUCAGCAGAAGCAGCUGCUGGGUUUUGCGGGGGGGGUGUGUACAGUUGGGACUGUUAUGAGACGUCUGAGUGCAGGCUGGCAGUGUGUCUGCUGCUGGUUUGGGAGUCAUUACCUUUGAAAGUGUCAUGAAAUAUCAUCUGCUGAUGUAACAGGAUAAACGGAUUGAGAAAAUGAGCUUGUCGCCUCUGACUUACCGGUUGGUGAUGAUGGACGAUUUUAAGGUCUUCUCUUCAGAUGAAGGUGAAGAUUGAAGAUUCACCUUUCAUCUGAACUCUUGGGCCAAAGUGGACACUUAUGUUCUGGGUGAAAUGGGCUGGACCUGACGCAACUGUUCUCCACUACAGAACAGUAGAUGUACACAUGUUUGCUCAGGUGCUGCUUGAGUAGAAUAAAAUCAAAGCGUAGAACUCCAAAUUCUUCUCUUAAGCACCUUUUUUCCAUUAUUUAAUUCUAAAUCUUUACUUUGCUUGCCUCAUAUGGACAAAACCGGUUGCUUUGUGAUUCUAAAACAGCCUUUUUGAGCAGUUAAACUUCUGCACCAGUUGUAUAAUCUCUAAUAGUUCUGAUUCAGAGCUAUUCAGAUAAUGGUAGUGUUAAAAAUAAACUGUCAGGGCUGGUGUUGUGCAAAGUAGGCUCUCCUAAUUUUUACUUUUAUCACACCAGUGUGGCAGAUCUGUAGUUUUUUUUUUUUUUUUUUUUUUUUAAGUGAGAGGAAAGUGGGAGAAAAUAUAGAGAACUUAAUUCUGGAGCAAUAAAAUGAGUAAAAAAAACCCUAAAAAAUAUGUAUUUUUUUAACUUGUUAAUGGCUGACUUAAGACUAAUGAUUGCUUCAAGCACAAUCAAUCAGAUUUUAUUCAUCUUUGGCUUCACUGAAGUUUGGAUACUGAUUACCAAGUGACUCUCGUGCUACUUUACUGCCUUCUCUCAGCAGGAUGGAUAGCUGUGCUAACUAGAUCACUGCUUGAGUAGCUUUCAAUGUCAGAAAGCCAGCACCGUUGAGAAGAAAACAUCUGAUAGCUGGUUUUGGGUCCAUUUAUUUUUAAUUCAGUGGAUUCAUUCGGAAAUCCAAAAAUUAAAUCCAAAAAAGUGUUAUUCAGUGAGAUCCAUAAAUCUGAGUUGAAUGUUGAAGGCUCAAAAGUCUCCAGUUUCACUUCGAGUAUUUUCACUGAUACAACAUAUCUCCAUAUUUUGAAUAAUGUGAGGUUACAGUACACCACCUCACUGCAGUAAUACAAUAUCAAUUAUAUAGUACUUUAACAUAAUAGCCUAAUACUAUAAUGCAGACCUAUUUGGUCCUUCUGAGCAGUGGUUACUCAAAUGUAAAAGGAAAAAAAAAAUCUGUUGAUCUUGAGUCAGUUGUAUUUUGGUUUUGUGUGUCUCUUGUUUGCUGUCUCAUCCGCCAGUGAGGUGUAAGUGUUGCAUAUUCUUGUCGCUUAGAUUUUGAGCUGUAAAGAUAUUUAAAUGCCUGUUUAUGUCUUUCAAGCUUCUCUCAAAGAAAUGUGCCAUCUUCACCCACAUCACUCAAUCGUUCACAAUGUCAUGCUGCUGCGCUGGCGAACCUCACUGUGCACCUGUUUUUAACUUUCAUGUGGCGUGCCAAAACAGUUGUAAAAAGAUGUGCUGAAACAUGCAACUGCUGAGAAACUGAUGCUUUUUAAUUGGUGAGAAAGCAUAAAAUUGGCAGUGUGACACAAACUAUAAGACAAAAAAAUGUGCGUGAUACCCGAAAUGGAGCAAACACAGUUUUCAGUGGAAAUGACUCUUAUGGUUGUGAUUCAAAAUGCAGCAACAAAGAAUGUAGAACUUCAUUUACACUCACACUGAGUUCAUCCAAAGUGUUGCACUGUUGUUUCUACCUCAGUUAUGAUGCUGUCAACACUUUGAGGCAAUACAGAUGGACAGUUUUUCUCUUUAGACCAACCCGAGGGAACCUGUAGAGCUGCAACAGUUAGUCGAUUUAAUAGAUUAGCCAAUUGACUAAUGAAUUGUUAUUAAGGUUCAUUUAUCAGGCAAAAAGGGCAAAAACAUGCAGGUUACAGCUUCUCAAAAUGGAUAAUUUGCUGCUUUUCUGUUUCAUAUCAUUGUAAAUUUAAUAUAUUUGGGGUUUGGACUGUUUGUGGAACAAAACAAGUGGUUUGAAGAUGUCAUUUCUGGACAAAUCACAAUUAUUUUCUGACAUUUAGUAGACUUAGAUAUGAAUAGAUUCAUCACAAAAUGUACAGAUUAUUUGAUAAUUGUUUGCAAAAUCUGUAAAACUCCAGUGUUUACUUUCUUAUCGUGUCGCUCUGAGGAGGUUACUGGAGUACAUAACCACACAUGACUUGAACAUCAGUGAACCUCAAACAUUCACGUUUGAUGAAAAGACAACUUCCCUGCUGUAUCUGUUCUGUAGUUGUGGUCAGGAAACGAGCAUUAUCACAGCCAUCAGCUGCCCACAAGCGGCUACUCUCUAUUUGAUAAAUCAGCCUUUCAUAUUGAUAACCACAUCAUUAACAGCUCUUUGCAGAUUUGCAUUAUUUCCCGCUUGCAUUGCCUCAAAGACAAACAGUUUUCUUGUAACAUCUCUCAAGGCUUUAAUGGAUUAAAAUCCAAUUUGUGGCCAAUAUUUUUGAUCAGCGCACUGUUGUGGCCGCCUCAUUGUUUCAGUAUUUUGUUUGUGCCAUCUGCUAAAGCUACCGCACACCCGAGCACUGACAUUUUUACUGUGAGUUAAUUCAUCUGUUUACUGUUAAAAGGACUCAAAGGUGAAAGCGCCCUUAGUGAUAAAAAUUCAGAAAUGUAGUUAAUCAGAGGGAUUGUUUUAGGAAAUCAGGGCGUCAUUCAUUCUCUCAGUUCACAGGACUCUUCUUUCACACUGCCUUCACUUUAAUUUUCACACUGAAAUGCAGAAACACAGCACACUUUGACUUUGUUGGUUUUUUGAGGUUGUACAGAAUUAAACCAGUUGUCAUUAUUCUCUGAGAUGUCAUCAGCAUCAAAGUUAUCAGGGAAGAAAUAAAGAAUAUUCAGAAUUCGUA